UACCGCAGCACAACUCGUUCUAAGUCAAAAACAUUAAAUCGCAUUCAAACUUUUGUGCGCGAGGAAGUGGCGCGCAUCCCUUCCGUUCUCCGCCCUGUGCAUCCCCCACCCCUUCUCUGCCGGGCGCCGCCGGAACCUUCCAGAACCUUCAUUUGCCGUCUCGUCCACGUCGAGUGUGUUGCUAAGUCGUUGACGUGCUGUGUAAAAUGUCGGAAUCAGACGACUCUAUUUUAUUGGAUGUUUCGGGGGCCAUCUUCGAGGGUCCUGAACUGACGGAAGAGGAGAUGUUAAGAGAACUCCAAGAGGGAAUGGAGGACAAUUACCAUUUGGGACUGAAUGUAUCGAUGGCUAAGUUAAGCGCGACUUAGUGAAUCGAUACACAGUGAGUAUGUUCCGAUUUUAUCACGUUUUUUGGCUUUGUGGCCUGUGCCUUGCGUGCGUGAGUGCAUGCGUGUGUGUGUGUGUGCGUGUGAGCAUGUCGAGUCCUGCCUUGCUUGGCCGUGCCAUGGCCCUGCAGCAGCACUUGUUGCUUUUGUUUACAUCCUCUUCUUUCAUCUGUCGUUCGCGUGUGUGUCUCUUUGCUGCACAAAUGCUUAGUGCUUUUCCCUUUCGCUUGCGAGUUGUUUCUCUCGCACUCCCUUCCCGGCCCCGCCGGACACAGGUGCCAGUUGGGCUGCCUACCUCCACGGCGCGCUGGCCUGUCGCGCGAUGCCGACACGACGGGAUGCCGACCCACUGGGCGUUAAUUUUGCGUUCCAUGUAAGGACGAUGAGUCUUCCUCAGCGUCUGACUCCCCCGAUCUCCAACUGCAAUCAACCAUCGGAGGAGUCUCUCCUCGCAGUGCAGGGGCAUCUCCCCUCGGGGAACUUCCUCCUCCGUCUCCUCUCCCUCCUACUCCUGAGCGCACUGUUUCUUGGACAGCGUCUGAAGUGGCUGAGGCUGGUGAUGCCAUGUGUCGAGAACUCUUUAACUCUACUUUGAAGAGCUCUUCACCUUCGAGUGAGGAAAGCUCUACUAGCUGCAGUGCGACGGACUGCAGUGCGACGGACUGCAGCGAUAGUGAGAACUCCUCCUCGCCUGUCCAGGUCCUUUACGUGACGAAUCGCGCUCCCUUCUCCGUCGUCAAAGCGAGAUUAGGGCCUUCCGAGAUGGCUGCGCCCUCCACCACUGCUGGCACUCCUGCGCUCGCCUCUGCGGUCGCCUCAGGAGCGACCGCUGUACCCGCCGCAGUCGAAGCAGCCAAGGACAGCGAGGCCGCAGCCGAGGCACCCGAGGACAGCGAGGCCGCAGCCGAGGACAGCGAGGCCGCAGCCGAGGACAGCGAGGCCGCAGCAGAGGCACCCGAGGACAGCGAGGCCGCUCCCCCACAGAAAAUGCCUCGCAUUUCUGCUCUUCUGCGGUUGGGACCGCGCCCCCCCGUACCCACCCCGCCUAUUCCUCUUAUGGAUGUGCCAAUACAUCCACUCCACCAAGCUGGCCCACACCACUCUGCCCCUAUGCCCCGUGGCCCUUUUCCCCCUUUUGGGAAUCAGCUCCCCUUCAACCCCCGACCCCCCGCCCCUAUGCCCCGUGGCUUUUUCCCCCGCAUGAGGAAUCAACUUCCUUUCAACCCCCGACCCCCCGUCCCUAGGCCCCGUGGCUUUUUCCCCCACAUGAGGAAUCAACUUGCUUUCAACCCCCGACCCCCCGCCCCUAUCCCCCGUGGCUUUUCCCCCGCGGCAGUGGCACGCCAGCCUCUCCCUCCCCCCUCCCUCCCCCCUCGUGCUAAAGACGUCAUUCUAGCCUCUCUUCCCCCACGCCCUGAAAAAGGGGUUCCCCCCACCCCCCAACCCCCGCAACCUAAGAAGAAGCAGGUGGCUAAAAGAACGGGGGGUCACCCCGAUCAGGACCCCUGCGUACGAAAGAGGGGCCCCCCUCCUCCCCCUCCUUCAACUGGGGCGGCAGCUGCACGCCAUUGUGAGUUUACAUGUAUAAUUUCAUUUUCUGAUUUUAUUUUUUUAAAUUAAGAAAUUUUUUUUGCAAGUUAGCUUUCAGUCACCAAAAUCUCAGGUACUGUUUGGUGUUUACAUCAUUAAGCUGACAUGGUUUUCAUUCAUCUAAUUUAGUUGCAUUAAUUUUGGUGUGUUGCUCUCAUUAAGUUUCACCUAAUAAUCGUUCAAUUUACCGAAUCUAAUUUUGUGUUGGUUUCAUUAACUGCCCCUUUCAUUUUCUAAGGCGAAGCUCAGCUCCAUCUUUUCCUUAUCAUUUUGCAUUAUUAAGUUCAGCAUAAUCUUGUUUUAGUGGUGGAGUAAAUAGUUGUUACAAUAUUUUAAGUUUGCUAACUCCGUCUCUGGACUCGGAAAAGGUUUAAACUUUGUUUUCACCUCCAGGACUUAAAAAAUUUUAUUAGGCAUGUUAAUCUCACUUAGGGGAAGGUACAUUGAAAGGAAACAGUAUCAUUUUAUUGCUCUUUAUGUUAUCUGAGCAUUGGUUUAGUAGUGUAGUGUAUGGGACUUGUAUUAGUUCACUUGAGCUCUG